AUAAACGGCCUCCCCACCCCCUGUUUGUGCGCGCUCCCUGGGAGCGCGCGGCACCGCGAUCCAUUGUCUUUGCGUGCUAUCUGGGAGUGGGGAACACCGAUCGCUCUAUGUGAGGUCCCGAUUCAUGUGAUCACUGAUUGGCCAAUCAGUGAUCACAUGAAUAGUAGUAAACAAGAUGUCACUUCCUGACAUCAUUGCUUACUACUUGUGAAAUCUGUUAAUAUUCACAACAGCCAUGUGACAAUCUGUGACCAAUCACAGCUCUCACAGUAUUUCCCAAUGGCAGGAAUGCAGC